UUGUUUAGCGGAUCGAGCAGUUGGCUCGGAAUAUGCCAGUGCAUCGGACUGUCGGAAAUCUUGUGUUUCUAGAAAAUGCAUAUUUUGGACUACUUUUUGAUUGGCCUUCAACUUUAUGUGGGAAUUCUGGGACAAACUUUUCCUUCCAAUAUAAAGAAAUGUCAUUAUGGUGAUGGCAAGUGCCUGAUGGAAUCCGCCAAUGCCUUAUUGAGGAAUUAUCCUAAAGGCAUUCCUGAGUUGAAUCUAAAGCCUUUUGAUGUGUUGCCCGUCAAGGAUUGGUUGCUGGUAAAUGAUUCGCAGGUGGGUGGUGCCUGGUACAGCUUCGAGCUGCUCAACCAAAUCAACCUCGGCUUCGAGAACACCACAAUCACCCAGAUCAGGGGCUUCGAUCGAGAUCCCACCUCCACCAAAAUUGAAAUCCAUGGCAAGAUACCCCGAUUGAUAUACAAGGGAGAUUACAAGGCAAAGGGCAGGAUGCUUUGGUUUGUUGAGAUAAAUUCAACAGGCACGUCCAGCUCAGAUUUCCUCAACUUUAGGUUCGAUUUGACACUGAAAGUCCGGACGGAAUACAGAAACAAUAAACGGUAUAUAAGGAUAUACGAACUGGUCCCAAAUAUCCGGCUGGAUCGCUGGAUAAUAUGGUUGGAUGACUUCUUUCCGGAUAAUUUCGAUUUGACUAUUGCGAUCAAUAACCUAUUCAAUCACAAUUGGGUAGAGUUCUGGAACGAGCUGGAGCCGGGAAUUCUUCGACUGUUUGAAACUGUUUUCCGGAGCAUGAUUGAUGAUUUAUUCCACAAUGUGCCCUAUGAUGACCUGUUUCUGUCCGAUGAGGAUUGAUCAAAACUUUAGUGUAGAUAAGUUUUUUAAAAGACUUUUAAAAUAAUAUAAAUACAGUAAUAUAUAGAGAUAUGUCGAAGAUAA